GAGAGCAGACUUGUCUUCAAUAUGGAACGGAAGAGCUACGAUGCCACUUUCUUUCAAAGAGCUUUAUCAAAAGCCUACAGCUGCCCGAAUCUGAGCAUAGAAGAAUUCUCCAUUAAUGUAGUGGCUCCCAGUGGUGCUAAUUUUUGCAGUAUUAUUUAUAGAGUGGCUCUGGAGUUUCGCAGGACUUCUGGUUCUCCUUUGGAGUCUGGCAAGUAUAUAAUCAAAGAUCUGCAUCCGGUUGCAGCUGAUUUGUGAUCCAAAGAGCAGUUCAUGUUUGAGAAAAUACUCCCAGAAAUGGAAUCCAUUCUCGAAAAAGCUCAUCUCGAAGAACACAAACUGAGCGCCAAUUGCUUUUUUGCAGACGUAGCUCCUGGCAAGGAGAUAUAUAUUCUUGAAGAUCUGGCAGCCUUGGGCUAUACCUCUUUGGAUCGAUUUCAUGGCCUGACUAUAGAAGAAGCAAGGGUGUGUCUUCAAAAAAUAGCCCAAUUUCAUGGAGCUUCCAUGGUUCUGUGCCAAAAGCAGCCCGAUUUGGUGGCCAAGCUUACACCUUCGCACUAUAUAAAUGGUGUCUCUGAUCCUGUUACUAGAGCUAUCUUACUAGAUGGCACCGCAUUUGUUGCGGAUUUAUUUGCCGAAGAACUUCCUGAGAUAGCCCGAAAAAUGAAAUCUCAAAUACCAGAGGUCUAUUCGAAUUCAAUGCAGAAAGUGGUUGAUCCAAAACUGUCCAGCUUGAACACCAUAAUCCAUGGAGAUACCUGGUUGAAUAACAUAAUGGUUAAUAGGAAAGAGGAAAAGGCUGUUCUGGGCAGUUUCUUUGGAAGUCCAGCAAUCGACUUGCACUUCUUAUUCUAUACAAGUCUACGAUCGGAGGACCUCUUUAACCAGAAGGACGAACUCUUGGACUUCUAUUUCGGCAACCUAAUAGAUACUCUUAAAGCCUGUGAUUUUGAAGGCCAGCUCCCUACUUUUGACCAACUGAAGGAUGAGAUGCAUCGCUGUUUGUUUUAUGGAUACUUUUCUGCAGUCUGUGAGUUUCCCACUUGCCGGGCUCCUUCGGAGGUCACUGAUGGCUUCGAUGUCCAAACUUUUCUGAAUCCAGAGGAAAUGUUAAGGAAACGUCAUCUCAUGUACGCCAACGAAGAGGUGCGGCAGACCAUCAAGAGAAAUCUGAUUUAUUUUGACCAACAAGGGAUAUUGGAGACUCCUUAG